UUUUUUUUAUGUUUAAAGACUAAAAACAGAAGAAGAAUUUAAAAGCAGUGCUUAUAUUUGUGGUUCAUUCUACAGUGGCAGCAUUUUCCAAGCAUUCAGAGAAGGCAACUGGAAGGUGGAACAACCAGAUCAUUAAGGAUGUCCAUGACUGCUGCAGUCAACAAUGUGAAUCAACUGGAAAAGUUUCUUAAAUCACAGCCAAAGGCCCUUGGGGCAGUCCAGAUAAUGAUUGGUGUGUUCACAAUGUUACUGGGCAUAAUUGAAGGAUUCAGUGGUUCAUUUGCUGUUGAUACUGGGAUUAAGUACUGGGGAUCCAUUAUUUUCAUUGUAUCAGGAUCUUUAACCAUUGCUGCAGAGAACAAACUGCAUCCGUGCAUGGUAAAAGCAUCUCUUGGAGUGAAUGUGGUCAGCGCAAUAACUUCUGGGAUCGCUAUCCUUGUUUUUGCAACAGGCAUUUCAUAUGCACUAUAUGGAAAUGCAUAUAAAUAUUCCUCAUGUGUGUAUUAUUUGUUGCCAUACAGGCUUGGGAUCAGUGGCAUAUUGUUGGCGCUCUCCUUCCUCCAGUUCAUCAUAUCCAUCUGUUUGUCAUCAUUUGCAUGCAAAGCCACCUGCUUCUGUGUCCCACAGGGUGUUAAUCUGAGUCUGAAUCAGCAGUUCUAUUCCCUGCCUGUUCCCCUUACAAAUCAAAGCAUCACAGUGGAUUAUAUUAAUAUGAGUACGACUAGUGUGGUCAACGGGCACAGAGAAAGAGAUCUUCCUCCUAUACCAAGAGAUACGACCGACCAAACAAAUGACAAUGAGUAUGAACAACCAACAUACAAUCAGAGACCAGACAUGUUAUAAAUAUGCUUACAUACACAAAUAUAUAUAAAAGCUCAGGAAGUUUUUUUUUUUUUAUUUAUAUAUUUUUUUUUGUACAAGGCAUUGUUAAUCAAUAUUUAUUAACUGACUGAAUGUGGGAAAUGUAGCAGAGAUACAAACUUGUUUAAAUGUUAUGUUACAUUUAGUUUUUAAUUACUCUUCUUGACGACACUGGCAGAUAUCUUACAAUAAUGUUAAUAAACACACUGGAAAGAGUUGCAUGCAGUGCCAGUGCCAGGCAGAGUUAUUGUUGACCAUUUAUUAAAUGCUGUGAAA